AAUAACUAAGAUAGUACGCGUGCUAUGAUUGGCCGAGAGGAGUGUUUGCAUGAGAGUAUGUAAACAUGGUUGUGGCGUCAAGAUGUUUUACUUUUCGCGCGCUAAUCACCCAAGAACAAAUUGGAAAAAGAUUUCAAGUUCAAAACUCGACAAGCUUACUUUAUUUACUCAUUCCUUCGUCGGCUGAAACUUGGAAAAUCGUCACAAAGAAGGUGUGUCAAUUUUUUUUUUGCUUCAGCUGACAUUUUAAGCGAGAAAAAUCCGUAUUUUGGAAAGAAGCUUUUUGCAAAACAAGAACUGAUUACGCGAGCAAGACUUCGUGUAUAAGACUUUGCGACUGGUAAGAAUUUCUCUUUUAAUCAGUACCAUAACAAAGAGUUUGCGUUUUUUCUCGGGAAAGUUAUUUUAUAAAAGCAAUAAAAAACUUUUUUCCUGUGUUUGCAUAGCCUGAUAUAAACAAUCGAGGAGGGAUUGGGAGAAUCCUCGACAGUUACGCAAACCCUCUUCUUCGUCUCGGGUUUGAAUUCUCCCAACCCCUCUUGUGUUUAUAUCAGGCUAUGCAAACGGGGAAAACGUUUUCUAUUGCUUAGCUAUGGGGCUUUCAUCUAGGCCUGGGGGCUGGGAUUUCCCAGGGCUAUUGGAAAUUUGAAGCCUGGCCAUUUAAAAAGCAAUACACUGACCUUAUCAGGAAAGUUGAAAUCUCAGGGUUCUUUCUAUUUUUAUUCCUCUGCCCUCUUCAAAAUAGUGAGAGCCAAGAUCAACGUAUCAGAUUUUGUUUUUAUAUGCCGACCAAAUUUAUAGCAAGAAUAUCAUUCACGUUUUGAUUGAUUUGUUCAGUCACCCUAUAGAGUUUUUAAAAGUGCCUGCAACUCGGUCUGAUUAAUAGCUGACCAAAGGUGCUACUACUUUGCAAUUCUAUCAAUAAGAGUCAAAUUUCUAAGUAAACAUAUUCUUAAUGUCAAUAUUCUUGUAUUCAUAUUUUUAACCGCGGGAAGACUGGCUCUGUCGAUGGAGCACUUGACUGCGUAACUGAGAAAUGAAGGUAUUUAGCCUAACCACACGCUUAGACCUUCGCAUGGCUUGGAUGACCAUGUAAAAUGGCAGGUUUUUCGCUCUCACUACAUCUAAGGCUGCAUGCAAACGGGCGCAACAACUCCCAACAUUGUUGCGCCAACAAUGUUGGGAGUUGUUGCUCGCGUGUUGGCAGUGGUGUGUGGCCCCUACAAUGUUGGAAGAACUGUGCAAACGGAUCCAACAUUGUUGCGCUACGCUUCGGCGAUCACAGAACAAAAGAAAUGUUGGGAGUUGUUGGCCGAAAGUUUGACCGGUUUCAAACUUUGCGCAACAACAUGCAACAGGGUGUGCAAACGGACGCAACAUGUAACAUCUAACAAUGUUGGGAGUUGUUGGCCAACAAUGUUACGUCCGUUUGCACGGCGCUUAACAUCAUUGUGUGGUUACAUUACCAUGGAAUCCUGAUAUAACAAGGUGCCAAGCGGGAGGGGGAAACGUUAAUGUUAAAGGCCGGGGCGGGGGGGGGGUUAUGUCAUACUGUAUCAGUUUCUUAUUUCAUACAGGAACAUCAUUCGUUCAUUUAGAAUGUUUGAUGGAAUAUUUAAGUUCUAUUGUGUAUAAACUUAUGGCACUAUUUAUACUUUUUCUUUUCAAGAAUCCUGCAGUAAGUCGUGAUUAUGUGGAUAAUGAUCCAAUACCAGUUCCAAAGCAUGGCACAGUUUCAGGGUAUGUCUGCAGUUAUAUGGCUGUUUUAUGCUAAAGGCGAAUCACAAAUGCUCUGCAUUAUGUACUUUCGUCGACAAAGGGGUGCUUUUAAGGGUUUGAAACCCUCUGAUUAGGAAGAGCAAAAACCUAUCUUAAAGCGUUCAGUCAAGCUUGCUUAAAGGAUAGAUAAUAAAUGAGAAGGCGAUCAAUUCAUAAGGAGCCUGUUUGUGGUUAAUUUAUAAAGCAAUAGAAAACCUUUUUUCUGUAAUUGCCUAGCCUUAGGUAAGAACACUCAAGGGGUUGGGAGAAUUCUUGAUAGAUUCAAAGAAUUGCUUUGCUUUGUGCGGCCGUGAGAAAUUUAAGACGUGCAUUGUAGAAAAUUAAUGAAUGAAUUUGUUUUUUCUACUCGAAGGGCCCGUUUCUCGAAAGUCCCGUGCCCAACAUCAAAUAUUCAAAUCAAAUAAAAAAAGAGCGCGGAUCCUAGCUUACAAGCAAUUUUAUUUUGUUUUGUCAACCAACAGUUUUAUUGUGUUAUCCGAAAAGCUAUUGGAACAUAGACUUUCCGGGCCCGUUAAUUACAGAGACUUUUGAGAAACGGGACCGAGAUUGUGUUCGAAAAUGUCGGUUUUCGAUCCCGGCGUUCACGCGUGCAUGGAAGCCAUAAACGCACACGUCUGUGUCUGUUUUCCCUAGACAUGGUAACAACUGUGCUGGAGUUAUAGCUGGAGUGGCUAAUAACAAUUUGUGUGGCGUGGGAAUUGCAUACAACGCCCAAAUUGCAGGUAGGUUGAUGUGAUUGUCUUCUUCACUGACAGUUUCACCAAAUAGGUCUAAGAGCUUUAUUUAUUACACUGACACAGUACAGAAGGGUAUGAGUAUUUGUUAGAAGAAUCUUUUAUUUUGUCACAAAAGAUAUCUUAGGCUUAGAAAAGUCAGAGAACACUGUGCAAUCUAAGUCGUUCCAAACAUAG